AUGGCUCCCAAUACUGAUAUCGCCACUCGGGCGCUCGUGGUGGCUCUCAAAUCACCUUAUAUUGCAAAAACUACCACUGAGAUCAUGAAUAUUACAAAUCUCUCUGCUCGCCAAAUCAACCGUAUAUAUGCCAGAGCUCUUGAACGUGGCUUCAACCCUGAUCUCCUCUAUCUUACUAUCCAUCAUCAAGAUUGGACUCUAGAAGAUUGGAAAAGAGUUAUAUGGUCAGAUGAGACAUCUGUUAUAUUGCUUCAUCGCCGUGGAGGAUAUCGAAUUUGGAGAACCUCCAAGGAAAGAUUCUCUCGAAGUUGCAUACGCGAGCGAUGGAAGGGGUCUUCAGAGUUCAUAUUCUGGGGUUGUUUCUCAUAUGAUAAAAAGGGUCCCUGUCACUGCUGGAGUCCGGAAACUGCUCAAGAAAAGGCUCAGUCAGUAAAGGAUAUAGAUUCUCUUAAUGAAAUGAUGGAACCAAUCAAGAAAGCAGAAUGGGAGCUUCAAAAUGGAAUACGAUGUUUAAACCUUCGUCAACUGCCAGGACCUCAACCAAUAUGGAAGUGGAAGAAAGAGACAGGCAAGCUAUCCCGUGGCAAAAGUAAUGGAAUUGAUUGGUAUCGAUAUCAUGUCAAAAUCCUUCUUCCAAAGCUCUUUCCCUUUGCCAAUGAGUGUGAAAAGGAACGUCCAAAUACCAUUGUCCAGGAGGAUCGAGCUCCUGCUCAUGAUCACUAUAUCCAACGUCAUAUAUAUGAGAUUCAUCACAUUCAACGGAUGCUCUGGUGUGCGAAUUCCCCAGAUCUCAAUACGAUUGAACCUGCUUGGACCUGGAUGAAACGAAAAACAACUGUCAAAGGAGCUCCACAGAACCGGGCAGCAGCUAUAGCAAUAUGGGAAAGAACAUGGAGGGAUCUACCACAGGAGCAGAUUCAGGCUUGGAUAGAGCGGAUUCCUGUUCAUAUUAAGAAGGUUAUAGAGUUAGAAGGUGGCAAUGAAUAUAAGGAAGGAAGACUUCACUAA